AUGUCUCAAAAUACACAUCCAUUUUUACGCGUCGAAAUAUUAAAAUGCAAUGUAGGUAAUAGUAAGCAAACUGUAGAUUUAAGUAAAUUAAAAACUGAAAUUGAAAUAAUAGAAAAGCGUGAUUCAACAAAAACAUCACGAAUAAAAAAGCCAAUCUAUAAUGAAGACAAUCAGUCUAUUCGAUUUGAUGUUGGCGUAUUCAUUAAUAUUGAACGACAAGUUUUUAUUAGAAUAUCUUAUCAUGAUACUAUAUAUAUGUUUGAAUCCAGUAUAAAAUCUCUUCAAAAAUUAGCAGAUGGAUUUCGACAUCAGCUAGUUUUUGCACCAAAAGCUCAUGUAGAAGUGACUAUUGAAUAUAAAGAUCCAUCUUCUAUAAAAGACUAUGCAUUGCAAAUAAAACUACAUGGUCAACGUUAUGCUGAACGUUAUCAAACUGUUUAUAAACAUUUUGGUCAUAAAUUUGUUGCAAAAGUAUUUAAAACACCAACAUUUUGUUCGAUCUGUGGUGAUCUUCUCUGGGGCUUUGCUUAUAAAGGUUUUCAAUGUCAACGAUGUGAUUGUGUUGUACAUAAAGAUUGCUAUGAACGUUGUAAACAUCCUUGUACAGGCAAAAAAUAUGAUGAUUCUAGCGCGAUAAAACCUCAUCAUUUUGAACAUCAACAAUUUUCUUUACAAAAACUUUUUUGCGAUCAUGAUGGAAGUUUCAUAAGACCAGGGCAUUCAUAUAAAUGCACACACUGCUCAAUCGUUGUACAUCGACGAUGUCGAUCAAAACUCGGAGAUUAUUGUGGAUAUCAAGGAAAUAGUUCAAAACUUUAUGAAACAUGGAAAAAUAAUAAUAAAUCAGAUGCAGAUUAUAACUAUCAAUAUAAUGGUGGUUUAUGUGAAAUUUAUUCGAGUUUAGAUACAUUUCAGCGGUCAACUGAUGUACAGGAAGUAAUCGAACGAAUGACAAGAAUUUCUCGACCAAAUAUAACUUCAGGUUUUGACAUGAAAGAAAUUCAACUUUUACAAACAUUAGGCGUUGGAAUGUCCGGAUCGGUUUAUUUAGUAAAACGUGGUGACUCUUAUUAUGCAAUGAAAACUCUUCAUAAAAACACGGUAUUAGAAGGACAAAAUCUUGAAUAUAUUCAGUCCGAACGAGAUAUUCUUAUUAAAUGUCAAUCAAAUCCAUUUUUAGUUCAACUCUUUUAUGCAUUUCAAAAUGCUGAACGGCUUUUUUUCUUAAUGGAAGUUGCUAGGGCUGGAACAUUGUUUAAUAUUCUUGAAUACCAAGCACCUAGACCAUUUAAACAAGAACGAAUUAUUUUUUAUACCGGUGAAAUAACAUGCGCACUUAUGUUUCUUCAUUCAAAACGAAUUGUUUAUCGGGAUCUAAAACCUGAAAAUAUAUUUCUCUUCGAAGAUGGACACAUUAAACUAGGAGAUUUUGGUUUAUCGAAACAAAAUAUUGAUACAAAUCAUAAAACACAAACAAUCUGUGGCACAGCUGAAUACAUCGCUUAUGAAAUUUAUCAUCAAGAUCCAUAUGAUGAAAAUGUUGAUUGGUGGUCAUUAGGCAUUAUCAUUUUUGAAUUAUGUACUUUUAAAACACCAUUCUAUGCCAAUAAUAGUACAGAUAUUACAAAUAAUGUUCUUUCAAAUCAAGUUAUUUAUCCAGAAACCAUAUCAAAACGAACUAAACAAAUUAUUUCUGGUUUACUUGAACGCGACCCAAAACGAAGAUUAGGAAAUGUUAAUUCUCCACAAGGAUUACUGAAAGAUCAACCAUUUUUUCAAGAACCAUAUACACUCUAUGCAAUUGAACACCGUCGUGUUCCUCCACCUUGGGUUCCCACUUCAUUGCUAUCGUUUAAACCGAAAACUAAAGUUCCACAAUUAUCUGAACUCGACCAAAAAGAUGCUGUUUUAUUGUUAUCAAUACCAGAAAAUACUUUUCGUAAUUUUUCUUUUACCAGUCCUAACCUUGUUACUUCUUUUUAG